GUAAUAAUUGAUCUUUUUCUCUGCUUUUGAGUCACUGAGUUGAGCUACACAACCUCUUUUAGUCUGCAUUUUAUUCAAUUUUUCCUCUUUGAUUUACACAAAUCCUGAAUUAGGUUUUCUGGGUUUCUUUGUUCCUGACCAAAAAAAACCUUUUGCUUUAUCAAGAAUUUGACCUUAAUCCUCAGAAAUGUUGUUGCUUUCCAGACUGUUAAGAAUUCGCACCAAAAAGAUGAUUUAACUUCAUCUCAGACCACUCUUCCUCUCUUUUAUUUUAUUUUUGCAGGAACUCCUUUUCCGACCAAACUCAUUGAACUAAAGAUGGUCCACUGUAACAAAAUUCCUGCAAAGUCACUAAAACAAAAGGGCCGUUAAAUAAACGAAAAAAAAAACCAUGGAGGUUUAUUACUCAAGUAAUGUCAAUUAUUACCAGCAAGAACCAAUCUUUCUCAACCAUCAACAACAACAACAAGAAGCGUCUUCCUCCUCCGAACAUGUUCGAAACGAGAUGGUUUUCAUUCCACCAACCACCGGAACCACCGGAGUAGUAACGGGUCUUCAGAAUCUCAACGGCACCGUUUCGAGCAGCGAUCAAAGCUUUCACGACGGUCAAGGACUGUCUCUAACCCUCGGCAAUCAAAUCUCUCUUCCUUCGUUUCACCACCACCAGCAAUACCACCACCACCAAUUGGGUUUCACCCCGAAUAAUCCUUCAAUCUCGGUUAAAGAAACGCCGCCGUUUAACUUGGAGGAGGAAAAGAGCAAAGAGAUGAUGUCGUCGUUGCUGUUGUUGUGUCAAUCUAAUCCUUCCUCCGGUUAUGCUGCAGGACUCUACAACAAUUAUCGGUACAACGAAACGUCGGGAGGGUUUAUGAUGAGCAGCGUGUUGCGUUCUCGGUAUCUUAAACCGGCUCAGAGUUUGCUGGAAGAAAUGGUUAGUGUCAAGAAAGAGAUGAGAAAUAAGAAGAAGAAAGGUCAAGACUUUAACAAUGAUUCCACCAAGGAUACAGAAAGUGGAGAGUUGUCUACAACAGAGCUUCAGAACAAGAAGAACAAGCUUCUGGCAAUGGUUGAUGAGGUAGAUAAAAGAUACAACCAGUACUACCAUCAAAUGGAGGCAUUAGCUUCAUCGUUCGAGAUAGUAGCAGGAUUCGGAGCAUCUAAGCCUUACACAUCAGUGGCUCUCAACAAAAUCUCUCGCAGUUUCCGCUCUCUCCGGGACACGAUAGAGGAGCAGAUUCAGAUCGUCAGAGAGAAGCUUGGGGAGAAAGGAGGAGGAGAGUUGUCGUUAGAUGAGCAGCAGCAGCAGCAAGGAGGAGGAGGAGGAGAGAGGAUACCGAGGCUGAGGUACUUAGAUCAACGGUUGAGACAGCAGAGAGCUUUCCAUCAACAGAUUGGAAUGGUUCGACCGUCCUGGAGGCCUCAGAGAGGUCUCCCUGAGAACUCUGUCUCUGCUCUUCGCGCUUGGCUCUUCGAACAUUUCCUUCAUCCAUAUCCGAAAGAUUCUGAGAAAAUGAUGCUUGCAAAACAGACAGGACUGUCUAAAAACCAGGUUGCUAAUUGGUUCAUAAACGCGAGAGUUCGUCUAUGGAAACCGAUGAUCGAAGAUAUUUAUAAACAAGAGUUUAGUGAUGAGUCUGAGUUACGUAUCUCCAAGUCUUCUCAAGAACCUAACAUCACAAACCAAGAAGACUCCUCGUCGUCGCAGCAGCAACCGGAAGAUAACAAUAACACCGCUUAUCCAUCUGCAGACACAGCAAACAUUGGCUUCUCAUCAGAUGAGCCAAAACAACAAGAGGUGAACCGGUCAGGGGAUUACGAGACGCUACUGAACAACUAUCAAGGGUAUGUUAUGGAGGAGGAUUACCGUUACAACAACAUUGGCGGGAACAACCAGCAAGACAGUAGAUUCUCCAAUGCCCAUCACUUGCACGACUUUGCUGUUUGAUAACAAGAGGAGGGCAUUGAUUGUUGAAGCGCAAGGAAUGUGCUUGUUUUGCAACUUUAUAGUUUAGGCAUAUAUAAUACACACCACCCAUAUCUGUGGGGGGCAUAUAAAGCAGAUAUGUAGGUUUCUUUUGUGUAUAAACCCCCAAAUAUUGAGAUAUUGAUGUGUGUAUAUGGUUCAAGGUGGUGGUGUAAAGAAAUACUCUUACAAAAGUGUGAACACCAUUUCAUUUAA